AUGAGCACAUCUUCGACUAUAUUAUCGUUUUACAAGCGACACAGGCUGAAUAUACUGAGAUCAUCCUAUAUUGUUCUGUUGGUUACAACCAUAUUGAGUUCAAGUGCAGGAAAUAAUAAUAAUAAUAAUAAUAGUGACAAAAGAAGUCAUGCAGACGCUGAGGGAAAAAAUAAAGAAAAAGAUGCCAAGUUAAAUAAGGCGAAACAUGAUAUUAUUCAUAAAGAAUGUAACGUUGAAUUUGAGCUAGAAGACUCUGAAAAUGAAGAAUCUGAUGAUAAUGACAUUAAAGUUUUGAAAACUAAGCAAGAGAGGCAAAAGAAGAGGGGGAGUCAAACGAAUCAGCCUAUAGAGCUAAAAAACAAUGAAACUAUAGAAUCUUCCCACAUUAAUAACAAAUUAAAAAAGAGAAAAGACUUUUUGAUGAAACUUGUUAUGACUGAUAAGAAAUGUGUCUUACUGUUCGUUUCACAGGCAGUAUUGUUAGUAAUAAGGACUGUACUUUCUUUACGAGUGGCCACUUUGGAUGGUAAGCUAGUCUCAGCUUUAGUGAAAGCACAAUAUUUAGAGUUUUUGAAAAUUCUGAUAGGACAAUGGAUGAUGUUAGGUAUUCCGGCAAGUUUUAUCAACAGCCUUAUUGCAUAUACGACAAAAUUGUGUUCCAUUUCAAUCAAUAGGAUCAUUUCCAAUCAUUUACUGGACAAAUAUCUCUCAAGUCAUCAUACUUUUUAUUCUGUCGCAGGGAAGACAACAGAAAUUCAAGAUAAUUUGACAUUAGACAUUUAUACAUUCUCAACAAACUCUUCUCUAUUGUUGACUCAACUUUUGAAACCAACUUUAGAUUUAAUUCUUUGUUCUUUUAAGCUGUUAAUUUCAAAAUCAAGUAUGAUGGGUGAAGGAACUUUGGCACUUGGUCUGAUUGUGUACCUCUCAAACUCGGUUUUAAAAUUAAUUCAACCUAAUUUUACAAAGUUAACAAUGAUUAGAUCUUCUUUAGAAAGUUGGUUCAGAUCACUACAUUCCAAUUUGCAUAUUAAUAAUGAAGAAAUUGCACUUUUAAAAGGUCAAUCUAGAGAACUGAUAAAUUUGGAUUAUUCAUUUUACCGUCUUGUCCUAUUUUUAAACAGGGAAAUCAAAGCAAGAGCACUUUAUGACCUCGCUACAACAUUUAUUAUCAAGUACACAUGGGGUGCAGCGGGCUUAGUACUGUGUUCAAUACCAAUAUUUUUCAACCAAAAUGAUGACAAGAAAAAUGAUGUUACUGCGGAUUUCAUUACUAAUAGAAGGCUACUACUCACUGCAUCAAGUUCCUUUGGUAGAUUCGUUGAAUUGAAGAGAAAUAUUCAACAAUUGAAGGGGGUACGGUUAAGACUCAAUCAAUUCAAUGAACUUUUAGAUGAAAACCUAAAUAAUGUUCCCAUUGACCAGCCAACAGAUUUAAUAGAAUUUAAUGACUGCAUGAUUAAAUUUGAAAAUGUUCCAUUAAUCACACCGGCUAACCAAAUUCUGAUUCCUGAAUUGAACUUUGAAUUAAAACAUGGAGAUAACCUUUUAAUUAUUGGGCCAAACGGAUGCGGUAAAUCCUCAUUAUUCCGUAUACUUGGUGGCCUAUGGCCUGUCAGAAAAUCAUUUACUAAAAAAACUACUAAAUUGAUAAUGCCUAAGAGGAAUAACAAUAAUGAAAUUAAUGAACCAUGUACCAUAUUUUAUUUACCUCAAAGACCAUAUAUGGGUAAUAAAGCCACUUUCCGUGAGCAAAUAAUUUAUCCAGACUCAGUUAAACAAUUUGAAGCAAAAUUUGACGGAAAUUACAUCAAAGGUGACACAGAAUUAACCAAAAUUUUACAUUUAUUGGAUUUAGAUGAUUUAAUCACUGAAAAUAUGUCACUUGCAUUAGCUAAGAGACCCACAUCCUCUUCACAAAAUAAAACCACUGCAAAUAUGACGGUAGACACAAGGGAAGCGUUUGAUCUAGUUCGAAAUUGGACUGAUGAAUUGUCAAUAGGUGUCCAACAAAGACUAGCAAUGGCUAGAAUGUACUAUCAUAAACCGAAGUUUGCGGUAUUAGAUGAAUGCACUUCUGCAGUAUCUCCAGAAAUGGAACAAAAAAUGUACAAAAUUGCUCUAAGUUUCGGCAUCUCAGUAAUUUCAGUUUGUCAUAGGACAAGCCUAUGGCACUUUCAUAAUUAUCUUUUAAAAUUUGAUGGUAAAGGUGGUUACCAAUUUGGUAAGUUCAAUCCAGUGGAAAGAUUGAACAACGAAGAGAAAUUACUGGAAUUAAAUAGCUUAUUAGAUCAGCAGGUGCCUCUUUGGGAAAAGAAACUAAAAGACUUAACAGUUGCUAGAAAAUCAAAUAUUAUACGUAAAUCUGAAAGUCAACUAAACUUAUUGACGUCAAAGAAGGGAAGGGACGUUACUGCGAAAGAUCUGAGAUAA